AUGGAAACGACGGCGUUUCAGUCAGUGGACCAAGUGGUGGAAGAGAUCAUGAGAAUUCACAGAUCUUUGCCGGCGAGGCCAGGCGUGGACGAGGUUGAAGCUGCUGUGGCUCUGGUUCAGAAUGUGGAGAAGGAAGACCAGGCCAGGCUCGAUGCCAUUGCCAGGCAGACCAAGACAUUGCAAGUCCCCGAAGAGCUAUUCAUGGUGUUGCAGGAGAUGCAGAGGAGCUUGGUCUACUUCCACAGCAAGGAGCAGAAGCGGGAGGCCUUGAAAUUGCUCGAUCUUGAAAACCUCCACAACCUGUUCGAUGAUUUCAUUCAGAGAGCUUCAACUUGCGUCGCUUCUCCCAAUUCUACUUCUUCUUCUUCUGCGAAGAAAACGACGACCAUGAUUUCGAAUUCGAAUUCCGUUUCUGCGGUUCCACACAAGCCCUCUCCUUCUUCUGCCUCUGCUGCGCACGUGUUCCACUCUGACAACAACGAAAUUGUUGCUAAGUCUUCUUCAGUCAGAGUGAGCAGAGACGACAGUUUUAUGGUCAACAAGGCCAAGAAACAGUUCUUCGCUGAUGGAAUUGGGGCUCGGCCUGUUGUUUCUUCCACACCCCAGAUAGUCGAUUCGUCUCUGAAGCCUGGUUCUGCUCUCAAUUCAACUGGAGGUCAGGAGAGUGAGAAAUUGAGUCUAAUAAAGCUAGCGAGUCUAAUUGAAGUCUUGGCCAAGAAAGGAACUAAAGAUCUUAAUCUUCGCAACAAGUUGAUGGAUCAAAUUGAAUGGCUGCCCGACUCAAUAGGAAAGCUUUCUAGAUUGGUCUCCCUUGAUUUGUCUGAAAACCGGAUUUUGGUCCUCCCAUCCACCAUUGGAGGUCUUUCCUCCUUGACCAAAUUGGAUUUGCAUUCAAACAGGAUUGCUCAGCUGCCUGACGCUAUUGGAGAUCUUCUUAGCCUUGUCUCUCUAGACCUUAGUGCAAAUGACUUGACUACUCUGCCUGCUACCUUUGGCCGAUUGGUGCGUCUUGAAGAGCUCGAUUUGAGCUCAAAUAGGCUCCCUGCGCUUCCUGACUCAAUUGGGUCCCUUGCUAGCCUCAAGAUAUUGAAUGUGGAGACCAAUGAUAUUGAAGAAAUUCCUCAUACUAUCGGUCAUUGUUCCUCGCUUAAAGAGCUCCGUGCAGACUAUAAUAGGCUUAAAGCACUUCCUGAAGCUGUGGGAAAGAUUGAGAGCCUGGAGGUUUUGUCUGUGCGUUACAAUAACAUCAAACAGUUGCCCACAACCGUGUCGUCUCUAUUGAGCCUGAGGGAGCUGGAUGUAAGUUUCAAUGAGCUUGAGUCUGUGCCUGAGAACUUGUGUUUUGCCACUUCACUGGUCAAGAUGAACAUUGGAAACAACUUUGCUGAUCUGAGAUACCUACCAAGGUCUAUUGGGAACCUUGAGAUGCUUGAAGAGUUGGAUAUCAGUAACAACCAGAUACGGGUUCUCCCUGACUCCUUCAGGAUGCUCACGCGACUGCGUGUUCUGCGUGUUGAAGAAAACCCUCUUGAAGUGCCACCAAGACACAUUGCCGAAAAGGGGGCACAAGCUGUUGUUCAAUACAUGACUGAGCUUGUUGUGAAAAGAGAAGUUAAAGCACAACCUGCUAAGCAGAAGAAGACUUGGGCUCAAAUCUGCUUCUUCUCGCGGUCAAACAAAAGGAAGCGCAGCGGUGGAGAUUAUGUGAAGGCCUGA